ACACGCACCUCCUUCCAUUUCUCCAUCAUCACCAUUCCCACUCUUCCAUACUUCAAUUCGUCUUCAAUCUCGAUAUCUCCGCCUUCUCAUUUUGCAUGGCUAUCAGUUUGUCCGCUUACCAGGUGGCUGAUCUCUGCCUCGGCAAGCCCCCUCUCCGCUCCCUCCCCUCCUCCGCCACCAUCGCCACCGCCCUCGCCGCCCUCAAAUCCUCCCCCGACACCUUCCUCAGCGUCUGGACCUGCGACCACAACUCCCCCAAAUUCAACUGCCUUUGCGUCGCCAAAAUUUGCAUUGCCGAUAUCAUUUGCUACCUCUGCAAAAAGGAGAACGCCUCCUCUCUCAACCAACCUCUCUCUCUUCUCCUCUCUCACUCCACUACCCGCGUCACACACAUCGAUCCCUCAGCAAGCUUACUGGAAGCGAUUGAUUUGAUGAUCCAAGGAGCUCAGAAUCUGGUGGUGCCGAUACGGAGCAGCAUUUCGAGUUCGAGGAGGAAGAGAUCAUCAGCAACCGCCGGCCACGAAUUCUGCUGGUUGACGCAGGAGGACGUGGUGAGGUUCCUCCUCAGCUCAAUCGGCCUCUUCUCCCCCAUCGCCACGCUGCCAAUCGAAACCCUAGGUGUAAUCUCCCCCAAUUUCCUCUCCGUCGAGUACAAUCGCGCCGCCGCCUCCGCAAUCGGAGCGAUUUCGCGGUCAUUAGCGGAGCAGACGUCGGUGGCGGUGGUGGACGAGGAGGGGGGACUGAUCGGAGAGAUCUCCCCCCCGGCGCUGUCGUGCUGCGACGAGACGGCAGCGGCGGCCGUUCUGACGCUCUCGGCGGGGGAUCUGAUGGCGUACGUGGACUGCGGCGGGCCGACGGAGGAGAUGGUGAGGGUUGUGGAGGAGAAAUUGAAGGAGAGGAAGCUGAAAGGGAUGGUGAAGGAGAUCAUGGCCUCGGCCAAUUGCAAUCCGCGGAUGGCGAUGGGGAGGCGGGCGGAGGCCGUGGUGUGCCACCGCGGAAGCUCGCUGGUGGCGGUGAUGAUUCAGGCGAUCACGUGCCGAGUAAACUAUGUGUGGGUGAUGGAAGACGAUUGCAGCGUCGGAGGGAUCGUCACCUUUGCUAACAUUCUUCAUGUUUUUAGGGAACAUUUCGAUUCCCUUAUUUGAUUUUCUUUUUUUUUUGAGUCAUGAUGAUCAGUAAUCUCAAGAGCUUAUUGUGAA